AUGAUUAAACAACAGCAACCACAGCAACUUAAGGCACAAAGCACCCAGGUCCCUCAGACCAUUACAUACGCCAUAUAUGCAUAUAAUUCAAAGAUGGCAGAACAAACGCAAAGGUUGAAAUAUGGAGAUUUGGAGAUAGUAUUGAAAAAUGAACAUUUCGAAUUCGUUUGCAAAGGUGGUGCAGUGAUAUCAAAUAUAAAAGAAAUUUUAUUUAUGAAUUCUAAAAUUAAAGGUAUAACGGAUGAUAUAACAUCAAUUCCACCAGAAGAACAGAGAUAUUACGCAUUAAAUGCAUUUCCUAAAGUUUUGAAGAUUGGAAGAUUUAAUUUAAAUGAGGAAUUCAUAGAAGGUUUCCUAAAUGACAUAAUGAAGAAGGUGGAUAAGGAAUACGUUAAUACUGAAUUAAAUAAGAAGGCAAAUUUGGUUUAUGUUGAUGAAAAAGAUAAUGAAAUUAAAGAAAAGGUUGAAUGGUAUCAUGAAUGGACAUUGGAGACUUUUAAAGUUAAAGCUGAUACAGAAUGGGUUUCAGGAUGUUUAGACCUUAAAGCAGAUAAAACUUAUGUUGAUGAAAAUUAUGCAAAGAAGUCGGAAGUAAAUGAUGUGAUUACAAGCAUGAAAAAUGAAAUACUUCAAACAUUAUAUCCUAUAGGCUCUAUUUAUACGUCAAUGAACUCAACAAAUCCAGAAACAGUUUUAGGUUUUGGUAUGUGGAAGCAGAUUGUAGAUAAAUUCUUAUACUGUGCUAGAUAUUCAAAGCAAACAGGGGGUUCGAAGAAAAUUAAAGAAGCAAACCUUCCACCGCACACUCAUACAGGAACGACAAACACAACAGGAAAUCAUUCACAUUCAAUAACAAAAAGAGGUUAUAUAAAUCUUGCAGCGGGUUCGGAUAGAUGGGGAAUGAAUAGAUAUGAUAUCACAACUGACCCAGUAGAUUCAAGCACAGGUAUUUUCUGUGGAACCGCAGGAAAUCAUUCACACACUUUCACAACAAAUCCAACAGGCUCGGGUAAAGAUUACAUGCCACCAUUUGUGACUGUAUUCGCAUGGUACCGCGUUCAUUGA